UAUGUUUUCGCAGCUGAUGUUUACUUGGUUGGUUUAUUUUUUACACUGUUUUCUUCUCCAGCUGGGCAAUUUCCAUACACUUUAUACCAGAAAUUUAAGAUGGAAUAUAAUAAUGUCAGUAGAAUUAGAAGGCGGGUUUGGUUGUCGGAGUCGUCGUCGUCUGCAGCCUCGUCGGCGUCCUGCGAAAUUGAUCAACCACCUUCUAAAAUUAUAAAAGUGGAAUUGGUUGACCCAAUUCAAAUAAAAUUAUCGCACUAUCUCGACCAAGUGUCGGGUGCCGGGAGAUCCGGGGAAUUUGUCAUGCAAACUGAACCAUGUCAUGAACCGGCGACUGGACUCAGAGUUAUCGAGACUGGAAAACUGAUCAAAUUUCCGCUACAAGAGGAUGAAGUGAUGGUGGAGGAAUUAGCAGCCGCGCAAUUUGAGAUAAUGAACACUAAGGAAUGGUCUAGAUUCGAGGCAUCGCUGGUAUCCCCGAUCCCUCGGGAAUUUGGUUUUGCGAACCGCCGAGGCAGGAUAUCGAUUUCUUUACAAAAAGCCAUUUUCCAGAAAGCCGGCACCAAAUUUCCCACCAACCUGCACGAUUUGCUUGUUACACGCCCUCACGAAGUUGGUGACGAAUCUUUACCGCCCAAAAAGCGAGUCCCCUUUGGUCAUCUCAUCGUCCAACUCCCAUCUCACUACACCGGAGGCAACCUCCGCUUCCGGCAUGAGGGAAGGGAGGAAGAAUUCGACAUGUCGGCCGACAUGACGACACAAGCCGGAUGGACGCCGACAUACCUCGCCUACUAUCCGCACCUUGACCAGAAUCAUGACGAAAUCUUGUCGGGGUGCGAGAUCCUGUUUAAUCUACAAUUUGGAAAUGGAAUUGGACGACUCUUACUCUCAAAUCCCAACGGCCCCCACGGUCAAAAAUAUAGUUCCUAGUUUUUCCCAAAUAAUUCAAGAAUGGAAGGGCAGCGACAAAUCGGCCAAAGUUUUACCAGUGCCCCACACCAAUAAGGCGGUCGACCUUGACAUCAUGUCCAGAUUUCUCGGCCCCACCCUUCGGGACAAUGGGGUUACCUUGUUUCACGGGAGGAACAAAUCGUCCCCCAGAAAUUCAAGGAGCGAUGAUUCGAGCAAAUUGAUUAAAUUAAGAUUAUUCGCAAGCGUGGAUCCCCCAGUGGAGGAAGGGUUUGCCAAUUUUUUGCAAAAUGAACAAAACCACGUAAUAGAGAGCAAUGCUGGGCUUGAAUUCGACCUGACACGAGAUAACCUUCACAAACCUUUGGGUUAUCAGGGGGACACGUUCCUUUCCUUCGUGGGUGAGGACAUUUUCGAGCAUCCGGGCUGGUCCAAGUCCAAAGCAUUUUGGAGAUUUAGGAGUUACCUGUUUCUCACCAAGUACAAAAAAUGUGGGAAAAAAUGACGCCCAACUUUUGCACGCUGCUAACGCUCUCGUAUCCCAGGAAAUCCUAGUAGUGGAGGAAUAUGAAGUAGAUUUAUUUCGUAAGAUGGACCACUUCGAAAAUCUCCUGCACAAAUUUCUCCAACUCGAAGACACUCUCCUUUUGGAAAAACUGCUCAAAGUUUGUAAAGAAAAGUCCGAUUUUACGGCACUGUUCCCCGUUCUGGUGAAAUCCGGGGUUUCCUGGACAAUUUUGAAGCCCGCUUGGCAAGACUACUUCAACAUGGCAGGAAUCGAAAAUGGGACCGAAUUCCUGCAGAAAGUUCACAACUUUUCCUUUUAUAUUCUAGAUGUUGACUGUUCGCGAGACCAAGAUCGACAAGAAUUAAACGUUGCCACGUUUACCGGAAUGGUUGAAAAGUUCAAAGUGUUACAAGACGGGGAGACAUUUUCCGACAUCUAUGAGGAAAUGAGUGUGUUGGGGAAUAUCUUUAUAAUUGCGGAGGUUCUGGGGUACAAUCUGUUUAAAUUUAAUAAAUCAUUAUCGGGUAUUUUCAUCAAGCAAGUUUUCUGUUCGAGUAACAUGCAUCCAAACAAGGUGGGUGUGGUUUGGGUCCGACUCGUGACGGAUCUCUACAGCUGCACAAAUUUAUUGGAAAACUGGGAAGAAGAUGCGGAGGAGUACGAGGAUCUCGACGAGUGUGCCUUUUUUGUCAGGUAUUUCGAAGUUGUGGAGCGAGUGGGGGCAGACAUCAAGGGGAUUUUAGGGGAUGCCAAGAAAUACGGCGAUUUGGUGAAGGCCCUCUCACGCUAUGCAAAUUUUCACGAAGACGAGUCGGACUCUGAUGAUGGAGAAGAUGUGCAAGAAGAAGUCGGAGCCCUGCCAAAAUUUUGGGUUCCCUUUGUGACCCUGUUGCAGGCAAGGAUUGAAGCUCUUCUUCCUCCCGAGUCGGACAAAAUCACUCGAAAUGAUAAUAAUUCUGAUCUUCCAUACGAGCCGAUGGAAUUACUGAAAGUAAUCCGAAAAUUGCUGGCGAGUGUGAAGAGAGAAAAUGCUAAAUGAACAAAAAAUCAAGAACAUCAUUUUCACAUGUUUUCUCAUUUUUAUGUAUACGGUAAAUAAAGUUUGGUAAUUUCCGUUUGUUUGAAAAUUGCAAAA